AGCGACACGUUGGUGAACGCGGACACUGACGAAGACGGAUAAGUUCAGGUUAUGGCUUUCUUGUGACUUUGGCCAAAUAGUUUUUUUCUUUUUCUCCUAACUGACGCGUCUUCACACUCGGGUUCAAAAAGACGUUCGAUGCCAGUACUCUGUUUGUCGUCAGAGUUUAAAAUGAUUACGUUCCUUUAGCUCGAGUUCUUCCAAGCACGUUAGCUAGCUAGCAUUAGCUUUGCUCGUCAUCAGCUGUUAGCCACACCGGGUUGCCAUGUUUUGUUCCACGGACGCCUAAACCACACGGCGUCUGUGGGGGUUUAUUAGCGUCCACAUCAGGAUGGCGCCCGUGUGGGUGCUUUGCUGAGUGUCAUGCUGAGAUUAGCUCGUCUUUUUAGGGCGGUGACGUUAGCAAGAAAGGUCUGCAGCAGCGUUGAAGAAGACAUGGCUAAAGGGAAGUUUUUCUACGCGGUGAGGAAAGGACUCAAACCUGGCGUCUAUCACUCCUGGGGCGAAUGUAAAGCCCAGGUGGACAAAUUCCCAUCUGCUGCUUUUAAGAAGUUUGCAUCUGAGAAGGAAGCCUGGGAGUUUGUUCGAGGAGUGGAACCUUCCAAAGCUCCGCAGGCCACCAAAGCCGUGGAGUCAGACCUCUGUCCGCUUCCGAAGAGAGGACCCGAGCCUUUGGAGUACAUCCCGCUUGGGAAGAAGAGAAGUCGCGUAGAAGUAGAGGAGGUGGUCCCGUCCAAACGGGUCAAAGAGACAGACUGUGCUUCUUCGGGCAGCACAGAUGGAUUCACAUACAUGGGCGACGCAGUGGUCGUGUACACGGACGGCUGCUGCACGUCCAACGGGAAGCGCGGCGCUCGAGGCGGCAUCGGCGUCUACUGGGGCCCCCGGCACCCUCUGAAUGUUGCUGAGCGGCUGCAGGGACGACAAACCAAUCAGUGUGCGGAAAUACAGGCAACCUGCAAAGCGCUGCAACAAGCCAAAGAACAUAAGAUCAAGAAGCUGGUGGUCUACACGGACAGCAAGUUCACAAUCAACGGCGUCACCAAGUGGGUGAAGAACUGGAAGCUGAACGGAUGGAGGCUCAAGGACGGCGGUCCCGUCAUCAACAAAGAUGACUUUGAGAAGCUGGACCGCCUCAACCAGGAGCUGCAGGUGGUCUGGAUGCACAUCCCAGGCCAUGCGGGCUACAUCGGCAACGAAGAGGCUGACCGAUUGUCGAGAGAAGGAGCUGCUAAGUCCGCAGGCAACUUGAACUGAGAGCCGCUUUUCUCGUUAUUCCUUUUUCUUCUGCUGUUUUAGAUCGUUGGCGACACUGGAUGUCCUUGUUCUCUGUUUACUUUUUAUUUGUUUAUAAAGUUAUCGGCUGCCUCUUCCUCUGUUUGUGAUACAGCGUGGAGAUCAUUCAUGCAAAAUGUUCUUUCUGUUGAUUGAACAAGGUCACAUGACUCUUUGAGUCCUGGAUGACGGACUACUUUGUGUCAGCGCUGCCGCGGUGCCAUUAGUUGUAUUCAAUACUUUAAUAAAGAAGGUUUAGCUUUAAAGUG